UUAUGAGGGUACGUUUAUUCUUGAGGACAGUGAAACAAGGAAGAGCUUAGCAUAGAAGAAGCAACAGGAGAGCCUACGCAGGGCUGCGUUGGCUCUCUAGAAACCUUGCAGGAAAGAAAUGAGUGGAGGCGGGGCUGCUGUCAGCCCCCUGGGAAGCCAGAGAAAAGGGGACCUCCAUGGUUCUGGGAAUUAGCCCUGGAGCAGCUGCUGCUUCCCAUGGCUCCUCUGAUUGCAAGCCUUGUGGGGUCCCUUAGCAUUUAGAGGUGGGGGAAGGGAGGAGAGGCAGGGGAUGUCUGGGAAAGGCGCAGGGGUGCUCCUGGGAGGGUCCUUUGUCUUGAGGGCUUCAUCCCUCUCCUCAGGCAGGUCUCAGGGGAGGGUUUCAGCAGAAUAGUCCUGUUUUCCAGGUGUGCUCUUUCAGACUCCUGGUUUCUUCUGAUUGGUCCCAGUCAGGGCAGCAGGUCACUGGUCAUCGCAGCUGGCCCUGGCGCUACUCACCUGGUUUUGCUGCUUUUCUGAGCCUGGAGCCUAGAUGUCAUCUCUCGGGAGGUGACCUGUAACUGGCUGUAAAUUGCUCAGUUAGCUGUCGCAGUUUCUCCAUUCCCCUUGUCAAGGAAUUUUCCUAGCUUAGCUGACUCUCCCCUUGCUCAAGUCUUUUAAAGUCCUUCAAGUCCUCAUUGGUCUGGCAGGCCAGGGAACUUCGAGGGAGGGGCUGUGGUGGGAAAGGAAGCCCAGAAAAGGCAAGUGAGAAAUAAAGGGGAAGGUGCAGUUUCCGAAGGGGCAGCUCUCUCCACCCUUCCUGCUCAGCCUGGCCGGGCCUCUCCUCCCACUCGACCCGCUGACCCUGUAGUGGCCCCCAUGUCCGACCACAGAUUCAACCCCGUGCCCGGGGAGGAACCCGGCUGCCACCUCUCCAGGAAAGCCAAGGUCUGUCUCGGCAUCCUCCUGUGUGUCCUGGUGGCGGUGACGAUCGUCGCGGUGGUGGUCGGAGUCCUGAAGUGGCCCCGGGCGCCCCCGCAGCGGGAGUGGAAUGGGACGGGCACCACUCCCCAUUUUUCGGAGAUCAUCCUGGGCCGAUGCUACACCUACACUCAGGUCCUGCGGCCAGAGCUGAGACAUAAAGACUGCGGGCAGAUAGGGAAGGCAUUCAUGAAUGCAUUCCUUUCCAAGGAUCCUUGUAACAGUUCAGAGCAAGACUACCAGCUGCUGCUGAAGCUGACCAAUCAAACCACACCCUGCCACACGAAUGUCUUUUGGAGCAAAUCAAAUCAGCUAGCUCACCUGUUCACCAGGGUGCAGCAGGAUAUGUUCACGCUGGAGGACACACUGAUGGGCUACAUUGCUGAUGGCCUCGACUGGUGUGGAGAUGCAGGCUCCUCUGAAAUGAACUAUCAGUCCUGCCCGCACCGGAGGAAAGACUGCAUAAACAACCCCAUGUCUGUGUUCUGGGACACGGUGUCCAAAAGGUUUGCAGAAAAUGCCUGUGGUGUGGUGCAGGUGGUGCUCAAUGGGUCCAUCAGUAACACCUUUGAUAAAAACAGCACUUUUGGACGUGUGGAAAUCCAUAAUUUGCAUCCAGGGAAAGUUUCUAGACUACAAGCCUGGGUGAUGCAUGACAUUGGAGGAGUUCACAGUCACUCAUGCUCGAGUCCUAUCAUAAAUGAUUUGAAAUUUAUUUUAAGCAAGAGGAAUAUUGCAUUUACCUGCCAGGAUGACUACAGGCCUAUCAAGUUUCUUCAGUGUGUGAAAAAUCCUGACCAUUCGUCUUGCAGUUCUAUAAUAUGAACCAUCGGCACGGUGCUUUACAAUCUUUGAGCCCUUGCGGUGUACAUGGCUGUGUGUGACUCAGGAGACACGCUGAUGGAAAGCUGAGGAUUUGGAGGAUCUUCUGUCAUCAUGGCAUACCAGAGAUGGAAGCCUUUCCCCCCAAAGUCUUAAAAACAGCUUGUUAUUGGCAUAGUUUUUAUUUUGAUCUCUUAACAUUCAAGAAAAGAUUAAUUAUGAUAUAAAAUUAGAAUGAAAAUUUUAUGUUAUUUUAAUUUUCAUAUGAUGCUUUUAUGUUGUUUAUAUGUUGGACAGAAUACGACUCUGUCUGGAAAUAACAUUUCCCAAAGACUAUCAGGAGCUUCCAGGUUCUCCAGGAGGGCAAUAACAGUUUGGAAGCCUCUUAGUCAAGAAGAACACUCAAAAUUACCCCACAGGCUGGUCGGGCACAGAAGUUGUUCUUUUCCUGAGGACACUCGGCUGUCACUUUGCCACUGAGAUGUGGCCACUGCUACUUCUGGGAAUAGCAGUAACCAGAGUAGAUGGUUCAUGGUGAUGGGACAUGAAGUAUGGCCCCUGCCUCAGACUCACCAGCCUCAGGUUCAUGGCUGCACAGAUCCACCUGCCACACAGGACCUGGAACAUGGAAAGUGCCUAGAACAGAGUUCAGAGCUCAGUUUUUCUACCUGUGAAAAGGGGGUGAUGACAGUGCUGACCUCUGGAUUGUCUUGAGCAUUUGAGCAAGAUGCUAGAAGUAUAAAUCUUAGAAUUGCAUUUGAUAUUAGAAAGAGCUCUGCUAAAGUUAGUGUUUUAAUUUAAAAAAAUGUUGAAACCUG